CAGACCGAUGCGGUUAUGAAGGGUCUGAUCACCGAUUUGUCGUAUUCAGUGGAUCCGUACUAUACGGACGAUAUCAAGAACUAUCUGAUGAGAAAAAAGGGAGACCUCUUCGGCUCGGAUCUGAUCUCGAGGAAUAUAAACCGUGGCAGAGAUCACGGCAUUGCUUCAUAUGUUAAUUAUCUUAACUUUUGUUUCGGUUUUGAAGUGCGCUCAUGGGAUGACUUGAAGCUCUUUAUACCCGAGCAUUACGUGAAUCUGUUUCGACAGUUGUAUAAGUCGUGGGCAGACAUCGACUUAUACAUCGCUGGAAUCGCUGAAAAGCAUUACGUGGACGCGGAUGUCGGGCCCACCUUUGCCUGCAUACUAGGCAUACAGUACUAUCACAUUAAGUUUGGCGACCGGUAUUACUACGAGCACGGCAAUCAAGCUGGGUCAUUUAAUUUAGCCCAAUUGAAUAACAUCCGAAAGGGCACAACACUGGCCCGACUGGUGUGUCUCACCUCCGACCAGAUCCCUGCAGUCCAACCGCACGCAUUUUUCCCGGUCUCCCAAUAUAACCGACCCCUCAAUUGCAAGAGUUAUCCAGAUUUUGACUACUCUUUGUGGAGGGAGGCGCCCAAUCAAAGGCACUAGAUCUGAAAUAAAAACUAUUCAAACAAAUGGUAAAGUUUUUAUCAUUUGUUUUGAUUUUUUCAACACAAAUAAAAA